CCCCCCGUCACCUCUCCUCUCUCUCUCUCUCUCUCUCUCUCUCUCUCUCUAUCCCGAACCCCUCCUCGCUGCCUCCCUCCUUAUCCGGCCUCGGUGUAACACAUCUCGCGUCAUCCACCAAUUGCCUCUUCCCCGCGUUGUCGGAUCGUCGACUCAGCCGGAGACUGCCUCUCAUUGCUUUUGCUCUGCGUGCUGGCUGGCUGGUGUGCUUGCUUGCCUGCCUCUCUCUGUCCCGCCCGCCAAUAUUUUCUGCAGCGUUCUGGCUGCUGUCGUGACACCGGGGCUGCUUCCUGGGCCGGUCUCUGCAGUGCAGGAGCCCUCCCUCCAAUCGCCUCGAUCGCUAUUUUUCCGAUUGCUGCUCAUCGCCCGAUCCGGCGCCAUUUCCCGUGGCCCGUUGGGACGCCCUUGCCUGACCCUGCCUUGCCUUGCCUGCCAGCCUGCCUGUGAUUGCCGCCAUGCCGACCUCCAACACCUCCUCCCCCGUUAAGCGCCCGGGGCUGGGCCGCCGCGCUGUCUCCUCUCACGCGGUUGUCACGCGCUCCUCGUCCUCGACCCAAGGCGAGCUGGCUCACUCCCACUCCUCCAACUCCCAAAAGCCUACCCAUAGGCCACAUCGUCCCCAUCUUGUCGGCGGCGGUCGCAACCAUCACCGCAACCCAUCCUUCGGAAAGAAUUUAAACAAACUACAACGACACCAGUCCGCCCAGCAGAUCGUUACGGAAGGAUCCGCUCGCCUGCAUCAGCGCAAGAAGUCCGCACCUACGACGCCUGUUGCUGCGACGCCUGCUGCAAGCCCGCGUGGGCAGCACGUCCGCUGGGAUGGGGUGUUGGACGAACCUCACCGCAGCACCGGUUCGAUGAAAAAGAAUUACUCCAGCCCGGCUCUCCGACGAAAUACCUCGGGUGUCUUGGGCAAGAAAGCUCUAGUCACUGACCGUCCUCACACCAGUUCCGGGAAGAAGAAAACCGUGGGCUUUGAACUGGCGGAUUCCGACAACGACGACGCUGACUGGGAAGAUACCACUCAAUCACCUGAAAGUACACGGCGCAGCUCGGUGGCACAAUCGAAAGAGAGUGUGGAGAACCCUGCCGUGCUGGUAGACCCCCUUACUUUCGUCAAACGCUCCUACCCGCAGUUCCCUCGAGCAACCAGCCUUCCAGAGUCAACCAGUAAGAGUUUCGGUGACGACCAUCUAUCGGACGACGACGACCAAGACGACGACCACGACAGUCACGACCACGACGACACUGCUACACAACGGCCGUCCGAUUCGGAGGAAAGAAGCGAGGAGUCCAGUCGCGCUCUCGACCACGCUGAUAUUGCAGCACGCCUGUUAAGUCCGUCGCACUCCGCAAAAGCGCCCCCCGCCAUGUCUUCCAUAUCGGCUACGGUGAAGCCGACCGUGGGGGAUCCGCUUUCUCGUAACGCCUCGCUGACCAAUUUGGCUUCUGGGCAUGAGGGCGCACGGCGCCCGCUAUCCUCGUCCCACACUACGUUGGCGAAUACUCCCGGUAAUCACACGCAGGCUACGUCGUCUUCUAUCGAAGGUGGUGUCUCGAAGUUCAUCAUUAACAACAAGGCUGGGUCGCACGCAUUUUCACGUGCCGACUCUGAUCCAAACACUCCGUCUUCUUUCCUGCCACACUAUCACCCUCAGACACCACCAUCCCCGAAUCGUGGCACAAGCUCGAGGAGAGCACGAGCCUCGCCACCUUCACGGCCUCCAGGCGCCGAGCCCCAUUCCCGCACACAGCAGAAGCUUUGGUUGCAGCGCACCGCAGCACUCAACACUUCGCCGCCUGAUGGCCAUGGUGUGUCAACGGCUGUGUCUCCAGCAGCGAUAGACCCCGCCUUUGCUGUAACCCACACACGACCGGGUUCUGGGCCCUUUGAACCCGGCAGGACACUAGUAAACGGACCUUCCAGAGCAAGUGGGACAGUGCAUGACAAUGAAGUCAAACACAUCCGCAAAGCGUACGAGAAGACGGCAUUAGAACUGACCGUCGUACGAAGGUUCCAGUCCCCCACCGGGGAUAGCUUCAAUCGCUUGAACAUCAUUCUCAAUGAUUUCAAAGGUGCUAACUCUGGCCUGGAACAACGCUCGUCGCUUGGCAAGCCGAUCAAGUCAGCACCAGCACUGACGCUUCUGCAAGACGAAAGGCAACAAGGCAUAGGCCGCCAUAGCGCCAGCCCCGAACCCAGACAGCUUGUGGGCAGAAGAGACCAAGAAAUGCAUACGUCGGUCUCGCAGGCUUAUUUGCAAGAUCCAGAAGAUCUUGUGAAUGAGUCCACCGGUGCAGGCCCGGGACCCAAGUCUCAACACCCGUCCCAUCGCAUACUAUCCACAUCCGACGAGCCUGUCCAUGGCAGUUCGGCCCCCGAAGACAUCCCGGAAGACACGCUUCUAGCCAAUGAGGCUGAGAUGAUGAUCCGUCGCAUGUGGGAAAGCCGAGAAGUAGCCACCGCCGGCUAAUUGUACAACACUCCCCUCUGUUUCUAUUAUUUAUCACCGUCACUCAGUCUGUUUUCGGUCUCUGUUUUUAGCAACCACGGCGUUCAGGGCUGCAUGUUGUAGCGCAUAGGGUCGUUCCGGAGUCAAUCUUCUGCGCAAAUUGCGUCGUGAUGAGGUAUUACCUUGGGCUUUUAUUCAGACUGCUGCUUUUAUAUUCUUUUCCCUUCUCCCCUUUUAGCCUUUUUCUGUGUCCAUCUUAUGCUACGAUGAUAGAUACUUUCUACGUAAUAAUGUAAUUAAUUUAGUGAAAACCAAAGCCCUAGAUAAUUA